AUGAUGGAUACAUUCCCAGACUCUGUGGUGAUCAAAGAUAUUCGCAUGGACAACGCAGCAGCGAAUGGCCAUUUAGAGAUGAUCAAAUGGCUACAUCAGCACCAAGCAUGGUGCACUAAACAAGCCAUGAACCGAGCGGCGGGCAAUGGGCAUUUAGAAAUAGUGCAGUUUCUAAAUGAGCACCGCUCGGAAGGCUGCACGACCGACGCGAUGGACUUGGCAGCAAGUAAUGGACACUUGGACAUGGUGAAAUGGCUACAUGAGAAUCGCCCUGAAGGAUGCACGCCGUUUGCCAUGGAUUCUGCGGCGAAGAAUGGACUGUUCGCUGUUUUAAGAUGGCUACACAACAACAGAAGUGAAGGUUGUAGUGCGCAUGCGAUGGACAACGCAGCGUCUGCUGGACGUUUGGACAUCGUGCGGUGGCUACAUGAGCACUACGCAGAGGGAUGCACCCGUGCAGCCAUGACAGAUGCUGUUGCAAACGGACACUUAGAUGUCGCCAGGUGGCUGCAACGAGCUUUUCCUGACAAGUUUGGAGUCUGA